UUUAUCAACACCCAUCUGUGCUGAGUUGAUCACACCCAGAGAAUUUGCCUGCUUCAAGGAAGUUCCACUGACAAUCUGGCCUGAAUAUCUAGGCCCUGAAGAGGAGAAGGCUGGGCUGGGGAGGGGUGGAGCGAGAGGGCGGGGCCCAUUUGCCUAGGGAUGCUUUGGGCUGGCAGGUCACAGGCCAGUGACGUGUCCACCAGGAACGGAGGAAAGUAGCAGUGGGGAUAUUUUUGGGCGAUUGGCUGAGCACGGACACCUUCUCUGGAGAGAGCCUGCCUCUGCUUUUAGCCCUUGGCCUGAGAGACAGGUUUAGAAGACCAUCCAAAGAGGAGAGUGUCUCCUACAAACCUCAGGCUCCCCACCUGGUGUGGCCUGUCCCUGGCCAGGAAAGCAGCCCCAGCCUCACCACCCAGCCGAUGACCGCUCACCGGAGCCAUGGAUAAGUUCCGCAUGCUCUUCCAGCACCUGCAGUCCAGCUCAGAGUCAGUGAUGAAUGGCAUCUGUCUGCUGCUAGCUGCAACCACGGUCAAGCUAUACACCUCCUUUGAUUUCAACUGCCCCUGCCUGGCGCGCUACAAUGCCCUCUAUGGCCUGGGCCUGCUGCUCACACCCCCACUGGCCCUCUUCCUCUGCGGCCUCCUGGCCAACCGGCAGUCCGUGGUGAUGGUGGAGGAAUGGCUCCGGCCCACUGGGCACCGCAGGAAGGACCCAGGCAUCAUCAGGUACAUGUGUUCCUCUGUGCUACAGAGGGCGCUGGCUGCCCCCCUCGUCUGGAUCCUGCUGGCCCUCCUGGAUGGGAAGUGCUUCGUGUGUGCCUUCAGCAGUUCUGUGGACCCCGAGAAGUUUCUGGACUUUGCCAACAUGACCCCCAGCCAGGUGCAGCUCUUCCUGGCCAAGAUACCCUGCAAGGAGGAUGAGCUGGUCAGGGACAGCCCUGCUCGGAAGGCAGUGGCUCGCUACCUACGGUGUCUAUCACAGGCCAUCGGCUGGAGCCUCACCCUGCUGCUGAUCCUCGCAGCCUUCCUGGCCCGCUGCCUAAGGCCUUGCUUCGACCAGACAGUCUUCCUGCAGCGCCGAUACUGGAGCAACUACGUGGACCUGGAGCAGAAACUCUUUGAUGAGACGUGCUGUGAGCACGCGCGGGACUUCGCCCACCGUUGCGUGCUGCACUUCUUCGCCAGCAUGCAGAGCGAGCUGCGAGCCCGCGGGCUGCGCCAGGUUCCAGCCGCAGCCGCCGCAGCCGCAAGCCCAGAGGAUCCGGAAGCCCUGGCCGGUGGUAGUGAGAAAGCCCACCUGCGCGCCGUGUCCAGCCGGGAGCAGGUGGACCGACUCCUAAGCAGGUGGUACUCCAGCAAGCCACCACUCGACCUCUCAGCGCCUCCGGGACUGUGGGCUGCUGGCCUCAACCACCGCGCCCUAGUUGGGGCCACUAGCGCCAGGCCCUCUCCAAACAUGGAUGUGUAGUGCCUGGCCCAGGCCUGCUGCAAUCUGCGUGAAGCCCCUAGGACUUUACCCAGAUGACCUCUAGUCUGCCUUUUGCAAACCUUAACAUGGAUGCGCUGCACCUGAGUGCUUAUGACAUGCAGUUUGUAACUCAGAGCGCCUCACACUAGGCCCAGGGGUCUGCAUCUCUAACUAGUUCCCAAGUAAAACAGAUGCUUCCCAUCAGGAAGCCAAACGGACCUA